AUGGAAUACCUAUCGAGAACCCUCAACUUGGCCAGUGAAGAUCCAGAGUUUAAAUUUCACCCUAGAUGCAGCAAUCUCAAGCUCAACCACCUAGCUUUUGCAGAUGACCUUAUGAUGUUCUGUAAAGGUAACCUACAGUCCAUUAGUAUCCUAAUCAAGACAAUAGAUUACUUCUCCUCAUGCUCCGGCCUCAAAGCAAACAACUCCAAAUCAGGUAUAUACCUUGCAAGAGUGAGCAAUGAUUUCAGAGAUCAGGUAGAGAAAAUCAUACACUACAAUUUUGAGAGCCUCCCAAUUAAGUAUCUUGGGAUGCCUCUCAAAUCGAGAAGGUACUCAGUCACAUAUUAUGAGUAUUUAGUCGACAAGAUGACAGCCCGGAUCAAAGUGUGGUAUGCAAAAAACCUUUCCUACACCGCUCGCCUCUAG